AUGGUGUUUCCUGCGGCGAAGCUCUUUUCGGUCGCCAUCCGUCAGCUGUCCAAGCCGAUGGCCUCUUACAUGCAGAAAAGGGCACAGAACAGCGACGGGUUCAAGGCCGUUUGCGUCGGGAUAGCCAGUCGAUACAACGGGGUUGAGCAGCUGAUCCUGAAUCGGUUCUACGGCCGCAGCAAUAAAAGUGCGCCUGUUCGCAAACUGAAUGAGGCAAAAGCCAUCCAACUCGGCGCCACUGUCUUUGGAGAGUUCGUCAUCUUCGGGAUCGCUGCUGUCGCUCUGGGCUUCGAGUAUCGACGGAGUCUGUUGAAAGAGGCGGCAAAGGAGCGAGAACUGCUCGAACGACUUUACGUGUUGGAGGCUCAGAUUCUUCAGCUCCAGGCAGAGAAUGAUCGCGUACUUACAAGUCUCUUUCCGCAUGAGAAGCAUGCGCGCGAGGAAGUCGAUGUCAACAUUGACCAAGGCCGGGGAUGGCUUUCCUGGCUGGCGCAGCCCAUAACAGGUUUAUUCGUCUCCCCGGAGGGUGGUGCCAAAGGAGACGGCAAGGUUUCUUCAGUUCAAUCGGCGCAAGACAGUGGCAGCGAUCCGUCCCGACACAUCCCACCUCCGCCCGACCUGGCACGCGUCCUCCCGAAGCAUCCGGCCGAAGUUGGCUCUGUUUCGCUGUCGUUCCCUGCUUCAACCGCCCGGCCAACCUUUCCCCCUCCUAAAGCCUCGGAUGUCACGGCCAGCUUGCCCGGCACCGAGGAAUCUGACUCCCGUCUUGCGGCAGAACUCCCACAUGUGCGCGAGCAGGGGCAUUCAGGCUCGUCGAAUCGACGCGAAGGGACCAGUACUCGGCUCUGCGAAGCUCUGCCCAUCACUGAUCAAGACGUGACGAAACGGGACUCAUCCUCUUCAAAAGGCGACGCGCCCGUGGUGCCAAAACUCGCCGGAGCGCGCGCAACGGCAGAUGUUCCGGAAACGGACAGCGGACCUCGAAGCCGUGAAUAG